ACAGCAAAAUUUCAAAGGCAUAAAAAAAUGCAAGCGUAAUUGUACGGAAAAAUAAAAGAACAAGAUCAUAGAGGAGGUAUUGAUUGGCGUUUAUCACCUGAUAUAUUGUACGGAAAAGAAUCUCAAUAAUAUAAAAGUAUAGAAACCACCAGCAAAUUUGCAUAUUCAAGAUGCCGCGCCAAAAGCCGCUGCCUUUUAGCGAUGAGUUCUCAUCCCCUGAGGAAUACACAGAGGCUCUGUUAGAGUUCACACAGACGUCACGGAUGUUCCAGAUGCUUUGCGGCGGCGUCCAUAUUCUUGACUUCUUCACCACAAACCCUGGCCUCUUCUAUGCGGCCAUGCCUGAGGAAUGGCACGAGUUUCUAUUGUCACAGGAUAUUAUGAGACUUCUCAAUUACUUUGUAAGAGAAGAUCUUGACUCUACAACCUUUGAGAAUGGCAUCAAACCACCGUCCACCUUGCUCGAUUACUUAAAGACAAUCCGACGUUUGACGUUGCGGAGAGAAUACACAUCCAAUGACUCCAAGCUGCCUGCGCUGGCAAGACCUGUGUCGGCUGGCAUGAAUAUUAAAAAGGUCCACGAGGUCAAAAACUUUGCAGACUACGUGGAUCGUCUCUCAACCGAGGUGUCUGAUACUACGGGCCAGACCAUUUCACAUUUCGUUGAUUUCGGCAGUGGCCAGAACUAUCUUGGUCGAGCACUCGCUAGCGAACCGUACAACAAAAACGUCGUUGCUGUGGAAGGAAGGGAGAACAACGUCGACGCUGCUAAGCAGUAUGAUAUGAAGGCUGGUCUGGCCAUCAAGCCCAAAAUUUACAGAAAUAAGAAGCUGUGGAACAAGAUUUGCGAAGUCCGCGGUAACGACAAAAAGGACGAUCCAGAAGCCACAGCCGCCGCCAUCAAACAGGUCUUGGGUGAAGAUGACGGCGAAAAGUUUCGCAAGAUUGGUCAGGAUGAGGUCAAGUAUAGCAUGGAAGUGGGUAAAGGACACAUCCAGUAUGUCUACGGACGUUUGGAGCACGGAGAUCUAUCAGAAAUCGUCAACAAAAUCGAGAGUCUCGAUAUUGGCGACGAAAAGAAGAAAAACUUACAACUCAUGGCUAUUUCUAUCCACUCUUGCGGAAACCUGUCGCACUUUGGCAUCCGGUCGCUUCUGCUCAACGAUGACAUCCGCGCAGUUGCCAUUGUUGGCUGCUGCUACAACCUGCUGACUGAGAAGCUUGGUCCUCCUACUUACAAGCAUCCUUUCUUGCGGCCAAGCCUACAGCCGGUCAACGGUCGAGUUAAGCGUGAAUCAGAGCGCCAUGACCCCCAAGGCUUUCCGAUGAGCAACAAGCUCAGCACAUACAAGGACGAAGGUGUCCGCCUUAACAUCACAGCUCGUAUGAUGGCGUGCCAGGCACCACAGAACUGGUCCGACGCGGACAGCCACCGCUUCUUUACAAGGCACUUUUAUCGUGCGGUGCUCCAGAAGAUCUUCAUCGACCGUGGCGUUACCAAGCAGGUUAGGCACAUUGGCGGUGAUGCCACCGAAGAGGACAGUCCCUUUGAAAAGAGCACCAACCCCGUCACCAUUGGCACCCUUCGCAAGAGCUGUUACGCCUCUUUCACCGCAUACGUUCGUGGUGUGAUUGAAAAGCUGACGACAAGCACUGAGUAUAAGCAACAUGCUGAUGUGAUGCGAGAAAAGAUGGGCGACAUUACAGACGAGGAGAUUAACGAAUACGAGCAGCGAUACGCACCGCGGCAGAAGGAGCUGUCCAUUGUAUGGAGUUUGAUGGCGUACAGCGCUACUAUUGUAGAAGCACUUAUUGUUACGGAUCGUUGGACGUUCCUCAAGGAACAUAGCGAUGUGGUCGAAGACGCAUGGGUUGAAACGGUGUUUGAUUUCCACCUGAGCCCACGCAACCUGGUUGUUGUUGGCGUGAAAAAGGCAAACGCUUAGAAGAAGUUGAUAUAAAAUAUAUACAUUUCUGCAUUAGACUUAGUGAUUGUAGCCACGGCUAUAUGUUGACUGGUUUUGAAUCGGUUCAUUUUUGCUUCGCUAGCAAACAUUCGCGUCGAAGCACACCCAGACGUUCAGGUUGUGAGACGUAUAAGCCAGACUGGACGACGACCAUUGAGACUGGUUGCUAAGUGAUUCGAUGUAUGCACACUCUGCUUUCACUACUUGAGCUAUACAGUACGAUCGAUCCUAGCCCAAAGUUAGCAUCAGCAAGCUCAGUAGCCCACCAAGGUUGCCAGAAAGUUACCACCGGACUCUGAUCCACCGAACCGAGCCGUUGUGCGCCCCCAGGACCCUGAAAUAUCCAAUAUUGGGCCGUAAGUACGAGCGGGGGGCAUACGUGCAUUGCAUUGGCGCCCAAGGUAACAAACCACGCUAAAGUAACACGUUAGUGGCUGCAACUCUGCGCAACUCUGCUGGAUAGUUAUCGCCGGAACAGUGGACGAGGCAACAGUCACUUAGCAUUUUCGUAGGGGGUCCCCCCACGCGGGGCAAGUCACCCCCAAAGAGAACAUAUGGGGGAGAAGUGAAGUGAAAUGUAUAUGAACGCAGAACACGAACUGGAAAAAUAGAGUGAAAGAAGCAAAGCGUGAAUCUGUCCC